UCUCUGCUUAUCUGUCUGGGACAAUCUACUUGUCGACGCCUAUCUCCGGCAACGUCUUCGACCCUCAGUACGGUCAAGGCAUCCAUCAAACAUGUUUGGUCGGAGGAAUUCCGUAAAUCUGCUAUUACUGCACGUUACUAAAUGUCUUUGAGGCUACGUGGGUGUUCCGACUGUGCCAAAGAUCUCGUUACGGUGAUCACGACAACUCAAAAUGGGAGAACUUGGGGGAGAACUCCCAACCAGGGAGAAUAUUUCCAGGCUAUUGGCCCACGAUCAUAAAGUCAAAGUGGCUGGUGUGGAUGGUGAUGGUAUAUUGAGAGGCAAAAUCAUGGACAAGGACAAAUUCCUCUCCAGCCUAGAUGAUGGAUUCGGAUUCAGCUCAGUGCUUUAUGGUUGGGAUAUCCAUGAUGUUCUCUUCGAGGUCGAUCCCAAAGCGACAUCAGUCCAGGAUGGCUAUGGAGACUUUAACGCCAUCCCCGAUACAUCGUCUUUCAGGAGAAUACCAUGGGAGGACAACAUACCACUCUUCCUACUGCGGUUCGAGGUCAAUAAAGCUCCCGUGCCCGCUGAUGGGAGGAGCAUCAUCCGAUCGCUCUGUGAGAAGAUAGGCCAGCAGGGUUUCAAGUCAAUGGCAGGAGUCGAGAUGGAGUUCAUGAACUUCCAAACACCCUCCCAAGACGGUUACGACGAUCUGGGAUCUCGUCGAAACAUUGCUGCAUACCUUCUAAACAACGCACCGAACAGUCUCCGCAACUUGACCUCUGGCAUUUUCUCGUAUAGUCUUACUCGGCCAAUGGCCAACAAAGACUAUUUCCAUCAAAUCUUCGACAGGAGCGUCGAGUUUAGGACGAACCUCGAGGGCUGGCAUACCGAAUUUGGUCCUGGAGUAUUCGAAGCUGCCUUGAAAGUGAGCGAGAUUGAUGAAAUGGCAGACAGGGUCACCCUGUUCAAAUUGCUGGUGAAGUCGCUUGGCGUUGAAUAUAACAUUACUCCAUGCUUCAUGGCGAAACCAGUAUAUGGCCUUGCCGGCAGCUCCGGGCACAUCCACAUAUCGCUUGUUGAUCGGGAUGGCAAGAACGCGUUCGCACGGAAGACGCCAGACUCAGAUGCUGCGUGGAAAGAUAUCGCAGAAGUUUCCGACAUUGGUCGACAUUUCCUUGCAGGGUUAUUGACGGCGAUACCUGACUUGAUGCCACUUUUCGCGCCGACCAUCAACUCGUACAAACGUCUGGUUGAGAACUAUUGGGCACCCACGAGCCUGGGAUGGGGCUUGGAAGAUCGAAAUACAUCGAUCAGACUGAUUGCGCCGCCAGUGUCGAAGCCGGGAGCGACGCGAUUCGAGGUACGCAUCCCUGGAGCAGAUUUACAUCCUCAUUACGCUCUUUCAGCACUGCUGGGAGCCGGAUGGCGCGGGAUUGAAAAGAAGCUCGAUAUUCCCUUUCCACCCGCGGCUAUGAGAAAAGAAAAGUCCCCGCCAUUACCCAACAGUCUGGAUACAGCCGUCGCUCGGUUCAAAGCUCCUGAAAGCAUUGCGCGAGAGAUCUUCCCGGACGCCUUUGUCGAUUUGUUCGCCGCAUCAAGGGAACAUGAGGUACGAUUGUACAAGGAGGCUGUAACUGAUUGGGAAUUCAAACGUUACAUUGAAACAGUUUGAGAUGGAUCUCACUGAUGGCAAGGGUAUUAAAUCAUCUAGAAGGUCGUUUCCUUCUCAAGGGAGACGGAUUUCAAAUACUGUGGACUUCAAACCUCCAAUUUUACGAAGGGACACUCAGUCGCUUGA